AUGAGUUUCUUCGCGUCGCUUUCUAUAUCCUUCUUCUUCUCCUUCUUGGCACGAGCUCUUGCGCAGCCGGCAUCUUCGUGUCUAGGACAUGCAGUCUCCAGUCCGAUCGGGGCAUCUCCAACGACUACUACAGUCCCCACACCCUCACCAACGGCACACGCGACUGUUCCAGUCUCCGACUCCUCGUAUGACUAUAUCGUAGCGGGCGCUGGGCCAGCGGGAAUCAUCGUCGCCGAAAGACUUGCAGAAAGUGGCGCGGAGGUCCUACUGAUCGAAAGAGGGCAUGCGUCGACAUAUGUCUCCGGGGGCAGAGCCGUGGUGCCCUGGAACAGUACCGUCACUCGGUACGAUGUACCUGCCUACGCUGAUCACCUGAGCAGCAUGUCCGACAGGAGUGCAUACUGCGAGGAUACUGCGUCUCAAGCUGGGUGUAUUCUUGGUGGUGGGAGUAUGGUUGAUGCUAUGAUGUUUGUCAAGCCCCAGGCGCGAGACUUUGACGAUAACUGGCCCGAUUCCUGGAAGUGGAAGGAUGUCAAAGGGGCCGCUGACCGGCUCUACACGCGUAGUCCUGGAACGAGUCUGGCGUCAAUGGACGGGGAAAGGUAUGACCAGGGAGGGUUUGAUAUAGUGUCGACGUUUCUGUCGAGGAAUGGAUUUGCGGAACGUAAUGCUUUGUUGGAGCCGGAUGCGAAAUACGAGACGUAUUCAUAUCCGCCAUGGAAUAUCCAGAAUGGCAGGCGUGGUGGUCCUGUGGUGACGUACUUGCCGAUUGCUCAGAAGUUGCCCAACUUCCACUUGAGCCUCAACACGAAAGUUGUCCGCGCCGUGAGAAGUGGCUCGGCGGUUACUGGCGUUGAAGUGGAGACCAGCAGUGGCAGACAUAUCAUCAACGUCAAGUCCAACGGGAAAGUGAUCCUGUCUGCAGGAGCGCUAUCAACACCGCGGAUUCUUUUCAACAGCGGUAUCGGACCGUCUGAUCAGAUCCAGAUUGUUGCGUCCGGGAGUAGUCGUGUCCCCCUACCCCCGACAGAGCAAUGGAUCAAUCUCCCUGUCGGACAGGGGCUCAAGGACCACCCAGUCUUCACACUCAAGUUCUCCACCAAGAAUACAACGACAGCUCUUGCGCCAACUGCCUUUACCAAUCCCAGCCUCCACGACAUAGACCUCUUCGCCCAAGGCGCCGGUCUCCUCUCCCAAAGCAGCCAACGUCUCGCCUUCUGGACCUCCGUAAACACAACAUCCGGAAGCCAGAAGUUUAUCCAGGGGACAUGCAGCAUGCCCUCAAACAACACCAUCGAAAUGAAAAUCUCCCUCACACACGGCCUCUCAUCCGUCGGCUCACUCGGCAUCACCAGCGCCGGCGCGACCGAAUUCACAGCCACGCCAUGGCUGAACACCGCGGACGACAAAGAAGCCGUCUCCCUCUUCCUCGACAACCUCCUCGCCUACAGCAGAUCCGACGCCUCCACCCUCACACUCCAAACCGCCUCCGAUCCAAGCACAGUCACCAGCGCAGACCUCAUCACCGAAUACGUCUCCGGCUCACACUUCGUCGGCACCGCCAAAAUGGGCCCCGACGACGGCCGCGCAAACGGCACGGCCGUCGUCGACCUGGACACCAGGGUCUACGGUACAGACAACCUCUUCGUCGUCGACGCGUCCUUCCAUCCAGACCUGCCGACAGGCGACACCCAGGCCAUCGUCAUGCUCGCAGCCGAAGCUGCAGCCGCGAGGAUCCUGGCACUUGGCGGCAGUUCAACGCCAGUGGUUCCAGCAAUCUCCAAUCCAACCGUCUCACCCAUCUCUACUCCCAACCCCGUAGCUCCUAACCCACCCUCCUCCCCCAACGCCAACAACGGCGCGCCCGGAGAUCAAGCGAGGACAUCGCCCGAACUAGUAACACAAGAUCCAGACCGCAGACCGAAUGCCGUGAAGCGCAGCGUGAACGGCUACGAGGAGGCGUACAAGUCGAGGCGGCCGGUGUCGUUGGAUGUGGUCGAGGACGAGGAUAUGGUGGAGAGGCGGAUUCAGUGGGAGAGGGCGAGUUUUCUGGAUAGCUACUACCGGGAUUUUUAG